AUGCCAGACCGAUACUUCACUGCCCUGAGCCAGAACAAGGAAUGGGCCGCCAAAACCGCCCGUGAGGAGCCCGACCUCCUCGCCAGCCUUGCGGUCGGCCAGCGCCCCGAAAUCCUCUGGAUCGGCUGCUCCGACUCUCGCUGCCCCGAGACCACCAUCCUGGGCCUCAAGCCUGGCGAUGUCUUUGUCCACCGUAACAUCGCCAACGUCCUGCACACGGCCGACCUGAGCUCGUCUGCGGUCAUCGAGUAUGCCGUCCGUCACCUGCGCGUCAAGCAUAUUGUUCUGAGCGGCCAUACAGGCUGCGGAGGUGUCGCUGCGGCACUGGGUAACAAGCAGCUUGGUAUCCUCGACCCGUGGUUGGUGCCCCUGCGCCAAAUCCGCGAACAGAACUUGCAGACUCUCCAGUCGCUGCCGGCGGACGAGGCCAACACCUUGAUGGCGGAGCUGAAUGUUCGCGAGGGAAUCAAGACGCUCCAGCAGAAGAGCGUUGUGUUGGAAGCGAUCGAGGAGCGGGGAUUGACGAUUCAUGGAGUCAUGUAUGAGGUUGGCAGUGGAGUGCUUCGGGAGUUGGACACGAACGACACGCAGGAGCAGCUCAAGGCACGACUUGUUUCGUACAAGACGGAGGCAUAG